AUGGGGCCAAAGAAGCCGAUCAAGAAAGCGAAAAAGGCCAAAAAGGAAGUAGAAAUUUUACCAGAGGAAUCCUCGGAGUAUGACAUGAUGGACGUGUCGAUGCUGAAGGAGGCGAUUCAAAUGCUGAAACAACAGCUUGGUAAGGCACAAGUCGACCGGAACUAUGUGCAACACGAACGCGACAUGAUAGAAUCAUUCUACGACAUUACUAAGCAAGAGAUUCAAGACUAUGAAAAUCAAAUCAUGGAAAAAGACCGCGAGAUGGAGAUUAUGGAGGAUAAUCACCGAGUUGAAGUACGUGUGUAUGCACAGAAAGUCAAGCAUUUGGACUACGAACACAAGCAUAAUCUCAAGCGCGUACAGAUUGACGGCUCAAAUCAUAUGGACGAAGAGCGUGAUCUGCAUGAGCAUAGAGAAGUGGUGCUACGAGACAAGAAGCAGUCGCUAAAACUUGAGCGUAAAGAGCGCGAUCUGUCGAAUGAAGACGAGAUUGAACAGAUGAAUCAAGCCCAUGAGAAGAAUUUGUCGAAGCUUCGAGAACAGUUUGAAAAGAACAAUGCAGCACUUGAAGGUCGAUGUCAGCAGCGUCUGCAAAGUCUGCAGGAGUCGCUAGAGCUUCGAUGCAAGGUGGAUACUCACGAGAUCGAAGAACGAAAGAACAUGCACAUCAACGAUCUGAUGAAAAACCACGAAAAAGCUUUCAAGCAAAUCAAAAAUUACUAUAACGAUAUUACCAAAGAUAACUUGCGUCUCAUUGACUCGCUCAAGAAUGAAAUUGCGACUAUGAAGAAGAAAGCUGCAGCUAAUUCGAAGCUCAUGCUCGAUGUUUCACAAGAAAACAAGCGGCUUUCGGAGCCUUUGGCUGCUGCAAUCAAAGAGGUGGAGCAUUUGAGGCACGAACUGAAAGAUGAACAGAAAGAUAAAUUGUCGUUGCGAAAUGCUAAAGCGCGGCUCAUUCAACUAACGCGACAGCUGCACGACCUUAAGCAGAAUCAAGUAAAGCUUGAAAAUGAGUAUUCCGCUAUGAAGACACAAUAUGAUGCAUUGUACGACACGUUCGAAGACACAGUUCAGACCGUCCAUAAGAAGAGUGAGUGCAAGAACCUCAUUUUAGAACAACGGCUCGCUGCGAUGGAUGGUCAGCACUCUCGCAAAGGCGCCCAACUGCAGGAGAUUCUACUAGCUGCGAAUCUUGAUCCAAUGCAAGCGCAUCGCGUCACUGAGACUCUAAGUACUCUUUUAAGGUCUAAGAACGCUAAAAUUCGCAGUCUCCAGUACAAUGUGGUCAAGGAGAGCAAAGCCUACAAUGACACACUGCGUACCUUUACGCAAAAGUUGACACAGUUUGGCAUUUCUGACGAGGAAAUUCGAGAGCUUGGCUUUAAGUUUCAUACUGCAAACUCUAACGUAACCCCGGCUGGACUCGUAACAAUGGAGUAA